GUUUUGGCACAGAAGAAUAUCUGUACUAACCAAUGUCACUCAAAUCAUUUUCUCUUCAGUCUUGCAGGGGGUGCUUCAAAAAUCUGGCAUGGCUAUUAAAGCUCUCUACAAAUGCUAUAUGCAGACGUUAACCAUUCCAGUUCAGCAGGCUCAUGAGGCAAAAAAGUGAAAAACAGCGGGAAUACUAUCCGACAGGAAGACCAGAAACAUUACACCGACUAAGAAAUCUGCAAAUAUCAAAUUUAAAAACUCAAGACAUCUCAAGACAUAAGAUAUUGACCUUGUGGAGACACUGAGCUGCCACAACAAUCACAGAAUCGAGGCAAUAGAAGUUUGACGACGACAUUUUUGAUGUUCAAAAUGGCAUAUAUGCUGUUAAAUGUUUUCCAAGUGCGUUGUUGAAAGGGAUCACACUGAGUGAAGAGUUACUAAAAUCUAACAAAUGAAAAAGUCACACGUGAGAGAAAGAGGUGGACCUGCUUCGAGCUGGGAUUAAAAAUGAAUUAUACCUGUGAAGAUGGACAUGAUUUGAAGUUAUAUCAACACCUGAUCUAUGCAGUAACCUACACAAUUAUCCUUGUGCCAGGACUUGUUGGCAACAUGCUGGCACUUUGGGUCUUCCGUGCAUACAUUAGAGAGACCAAGAAAGCUAUAGUGUUCAUGAUAAACCUAGCUUUGGCUGACCUUCUCCAAGUGCUCUCAUUGCCUCUGAGGAUCUAUUACUACUUAAAUGACACUUGGCCCUUUGGACAUUUCCUCUGCAUGUUCUGCUUCUAUUUAAAAUAUGUCAACAUGUACGCCAGCAUCUACUUCCUGGUCUGCAUCAGCGUGCGACGCUGCAGUCUCGUCAUCCACCCACUGAAGUAUAGCAGCAACAAACAGCGUUUUGACCUCUGCUUCUGCACAGCCGGCUGGAUCGUCGUCUGCGUCGGAUGCUUGCCCUUCCUCCUGUUACGGCGGGGACCAGGCAAGUCCCUCUGCUUUUCAGAACUACCUAUUGUGAAGCUGACCGUGCCAGCCAGCAUUGCAAUCAUCGCGCUGGCAGAACUGCUGGGUUUCAUUCUGCCACUCACCGUGGUGCUAACAUGCUCAUGGCGAACAGCGGUCAGCUUGCGUGGGAAAAGCGGAAGACUUCAGCACAGUGCAGAGAAACGGAAAGCGCUGAAGAUGGUCCUGUGCUGUACAUUGGUAUUUCUCAUCUGUUUUGCCCCUUACCACCUCACCUUCCCCUUACACUUCUUGGUGAAGUUCAACGGAGUGGAAAACUGCAUCUUCCGUGAUGUCAUUUUCAAGUGCCACCCAGUUGCGUUAUGCUUGGCCAGCCUCAACUCUUGCUUGGACCCGAUCAUGCACUACUUUACCACAGAGGAGUUCAAGAGGCGGCUGUCCCUUCAUGAGAUUCCUGAAAACCUCGAACUGUUCAGUCAGCCUAGGCGUGCACGUUUGGUGCUUCCAAAAUCGAGCUAGGGAGCCUAAGGACAGACUGCAGUUAGACGAGGGAAACCGCUGGAAUGCCACCAUGAAAUUUGAUAGUAUAUCACAUAUCUUCUUCUCCAUGAGACACACAAACAUAAAGUGCUCACAGAAAGUCUUGAUUCUUGAAGAUGCUUUCUUAAUUCUGUAAAAAUGUCGCAAAUUUAUUGGUUUCAUAACAAAAGCACCGUUUAACAUAUCUGCACAUAUCUUCCUCCCAGACAUUUUCUUUUUAAAUGUCAUAGUUUUCUUGACUGACUGAUUCAGUUCUGUUCCUGCCAUUUAGCUAUUAAUGGAUAGUCAGGGCAGCAUGGUGCUGUGGUGGUUUUUUCACUGUUGCCUCGCACCUCUGGAAUCAGUUUGAGCCUCCACUAUGGCUCCAUGCGUGUGGAGUUUGCAUGUUCUCCUCCUGUCGUCGUGGGGUUUCCUCCAGCUACUCUGGUUUCCCCCCGAAAACAUGCUGAGGUUAAUUGGAGUUACCGAAUUGUGUGUGUGAAUGGUGUGUGAGUGUGCCCUGCAGUGGGUUGGCAUCCCUUCUUGGGUUGUUCCUUGUCUUGUGCUCAUAGAUUCUGGACCACCAAGUGUCCCUGAAUAGAUACAAGCAGUAUCAGAUAAUGGUUGGAUGCUAUUAUAGUCAUUGGUUCCCUAAGGGAUACUAAACACAAAUGUUUGGUGUUUUAUGUCAUUGCAAAGGUGUUACUAAUUAAAAAGCACCCAAAUGAGAUUGUUUGUCAAUUAACUUGAUAACUCAGGAAAGAGCUCUUUUAGAAAUAUAAUUUGGAUUUGGAAUUUAUUACCACUUGAAAAGAAUGUUUUACUUAAAACUGUUUGAUGGAUUUUUAUAAACAAAUGAUUUUGUUAUAAAAUCAAUACAUUUGCAAUAGUUUUACUCAAUUAAGCAAGCAUUCCAAGACUUUCUGUGAGCACUUUAUAUCUCACAUACAUAGGUAAGAGCAAGUUCUAGGGUCAGUCAGCACCAAGCACUCCUGAAGCAAUUGGAGUUAUGGCUGUUUCCAAAGGGCCCAACAGUGCUCUGCUGGUUAUGAAAUUUGAAUCUAUGACCUUCUAGGCACAGAUCACUAACUGCUCAGCUACCCACCUAGCGUGUGGGAGGGUGGGAUUAUGGUCAAUCAGUUCAAUUAUACAUCGGGGGGUACGCCAGAAAGCGGGUUUAGCGCAAUCUGAAAUUAGCAUAAUAAACCUAAUCAGCUUCUGUUCCAGAACCUGAAUGUCACUCAAUCACCGUGGCAACUAAUGUUCUGAAUUAAACCAACUCUAGCGUAGGUUUAGCUAACAAAAAGUCAGGAUUUAAAGGGCUGCGGUUGAGUCAGCAGAGUUCAGUUUGAUUUGGCGCUCCCAUUUCUCCAAGCGAUGGCCGACAUAGAAGUGGAAAUUCUUAUCUGGUUUGGCGUUCAAUCACUCGCUGACAAAUACUUAAGUUUCAUGAUUUAAUCGAUAGUCUAGUGUCCCCCUGGGAUCAGUAAAGUUAAAUUUCAUUUGGUUAAAGUUUAUGUUAUAUAUCUGAACACCCUUAGACUACAAUGUAUGCUUAGUACUCAAACAGCUACUGAAUAUUUUUGUAGUUUUUCCUGCACAUAAACCACUGAGAAUAAAUGAAACAUAGUUCAAAAUACAGGUUUGUCAUAUAUUACUGAAAUGUUUAUUAUUGCAUUAUGACACUGAAAUUGCCACAGCUGCAGUAUCCGUCAUACUUAGGUCAUGGCUGAUUAGAUGGUCUAUGACUGUCAUCUAUUCAUUUUGAAAUGUGACUCCCAAUACCACUUACAAUACCACCCUGUACUGUAAACCUGCUGGCCAACACAAUAUAUGUAUUUGGCAGCUUAUGACUGUUGUCUGUAGUAUUUUGGCUUUUAAGAUUACACGUUUCAAAAUGUUUCAUUCAUAUGAAAGUAAUCAGAGACAGUUGUUGCUUCAAUAAUUGAAUUUUAUUUGAACGCAAAGGUAAAUGCUUCAAAUGCUGUAAAUGCGAUGUUGAUUUGAGGAUUUAAGCAAUCAAAAAAACUGUAAAUGUACCACCUUCCUUGUCUUUGUCAUCUUCCUCAACAUCUCUGUGCUCUCUGGUCUCAUGCGGCAGAUGAGAUCUGUUUUUCUGUGUCUGCUCUUCAAAUUCUCAUUGGCGGCUUGUGUAUCAGGCAGGUGUGAAAAAUGAAAAAUGUUCCAUGGCACUCAAACUCCAGUGUCAGGUUUCGAAAAAGAGUUUACAUACCACUGCUGCAGUGAGAACAGUGAGAAGGUGGCUACAAUUUGGUGAGAACAUCAAGCCAUCAUAAAAAGCUGGGGCCUUAACCUUGCUGACUCAGGGCUGACGAGGGCGAAAGCUGUCACACUGUAAAACUGUGAGACUUGACACCUAUGCGAAUCGAGACACA